AUGUCGGACGCCCGGGUCCCCCGCCUCGCGCCCACCUUGCUGCUUAGUCUGCUGGCUGGCCUCCAGCAGGUGAGCGCCUCGGAGGGUGUCUUCCUCACCUGCCCCGAGGGGUUGAAAUGCUGUGGGAAGAGCUGCUGCCAGGAAAACGAGUUCUUCUCUGGCCCCUUGAGGAUCUUCGUCAUCAUCUUCCUGGUCAUCCUGCCCGUCUUGUGCAUCUGUGGCCUGGCCAAGCGCUUCUGUCGCAACUGCAGAGAGCCAGAGCAGGAUCCCGCGCCGGACCGCCAGGGGCCCCCGGAAGUGCCCCCCGUGGCUUUCCCGGAGAGAGUCUGGGUGUCUGCCUGUGAUCCCCCACCCCCCUACAGCGAGAUCAUCCUGAAGCCUGCCCUGGGCCCGACCCCCUCGGAGCCGCCGCCACCCUACAGCCUCCUGCCCGAAGACCACGCUGAGAUGCCGGCGGGCACUGACAACCCAGCCUUCUGAGCCACCUCCUCCCCGCGCCUCCCAGAGCAACUCAGAGAC